AUGCAUGUCUUCUAUUCUCUGUUAAAUAGUAUAACAACAACAUCAACAACAAAUUUCACCAAUUCCAAUACAACAUCAUCAGCAUCGAAUUUCACCAACUCCAAUGCAACAUCAGUUACAUACACGGAUUCAUUAUUAGAAGAUAAUGAUUAUGAUUCAACAAUAAAUGUUGAUAAAGUUUCGGAUGAAGUUAGUGAUGAUAAUUCUAGUAGCAUUUCAUCCGAACACAAUGAUCUUGAUAAAUCAUCUAGUACUGCAUCAACAACAAUCUCAUCAUUAGACAAUGGAUCAGAAUUGUCAUCUUUAGGAAAUGAUACUAGUGAUGAUGAUAUAAAUGCACCAUUAUUACCAUCAAUAACCGAAGAAGAAGAAGACAAAUUUCUUUAUCAAUCAUAUCUUGAUCUAACAAUUUUAUUGACAAAAGUUCAUUUUAUUCUUAAACGUAUUCGUAACUUAGUUACAUUUAUACAUCGAUCAAGUGUGUUGCACCGUUAUGUUACUAAAGAAAUUAAAUUAAAAAUCGAAAAAUAUAAUCGUACAAUUGCAAUUAAUGAUUCAACCAAGAAGAAAUUAAACUUCAAAGAAAUGACACUUGAUAUGAAGAUCAGAUGGUCUUCUACAUUUGCUAUGUUAUCUCGAUUCUUAUUUUAUGAAUCAGUCAUCAUCUCAUUAACCCAUGAUCCGUCUAAACGAAUGAAUUUAACACCACAUCAAUAUCGAAAAUUGAAGAAGUUGUCUUUUACAUCUCUUGAUUGGUCAAUAUGUAGAUCACUUGAAGCUGUACUUUCUCCUUUCAAUCAUUCAACAAAAAUACUUUCAAGUCGUCAACGACCAAAUUUAUCAAGUAAUAAAGCUAUCAUGGUUGCUUUAACAAAUUUUUUAACAACUAGUGAUGAUGAUUUAUUAACAUUAGAGGUUUUGUUCAAGAAACAACUAUCAAUUAUGUUUAAAUUUUAUCUAGAAAAACAUGUUGGUGAUGAACAAGCAAAAGCAACUUUAGUACCAUCAUUUCUUGAUCCAACAACUUAUCGAUAUUUAACAUGUGAUGAUAAAAAAGAAGCUGAAGCGAUUAUAUUGAAUGAAGCCAUGGAACAUUAUGCAAAAAUAAAUUCACGAUCAUUGUCAUCGACAAAUUCCUCCUCAUCAUCGAACACAUCAUCAAAUAAAAAUCAACAAGAGAGUCAAUCCAAUACGUUGGAUAAUUUAUUUAUUGCUUGUGGUUUAUCAGUAAAUAUAAAAACAACAACUCUGACCUUGAAGCCAUCAAAUAUAAAAGAAGAAAUUGCUCGUUAUAUUGCAACAUUGAAUCAAUAUAAAACUUUUAGUGAAUAUUGGGAUGAGAACCAACAACAAUUACCAAUUUUAUCUUCAAUUGCACGUCGAUACAACAUAAUGUGUGCAACUGCCAUCGAUUGUGAGAGUUCAUUUAGUAUUGCAGGAUUUUUACAACGCAAAAACAGAUCGAAUUUGGCACCAUCAACACUACGUUAUUCAAUGAUCUUACGUGAGCAAAUACAAACAUAA